CAAGAUCACGAACCUGUGUCUUCACUAUUCACACUGAUUCACAAAGGGGCAGCAUAUUCUCGUCACCUGUAUCUUAUUGACUCCUCUUAAUGACAACGCUGGUUCCACCCUACCUUUGAAAUUUCAAGUUUAAUUAUAUUCUACAGCGACUCCUCCCAUCUACCAACGCUUGAGCCAAAACGUUCAUAAUAACACCCUCCGCCACUCGCUUUGGAUAGUGAUAAGUUUGGCUUUGUUUUCACCAUCAUCACAUAUCGCGUCAUAUCACACCGAGUAAUAGCUAGCACACAUCACUACCACGCAACGAUAUCAUUAUGAACGCUCCAGAUAGAACCGAAUCUUUUGUUCUCGGAGACAACGAGAAGAAAAUCGAGGAAAAGAUCGAUACUCGUACUCCCAACACCGCAAUCUUCACCUUCAACAAGGAAGACCACACUCUUGCCAACCUCCUCCGCGACAAACUCCUCAAGAACAGCCAUGUGACCUUCGCUGCGUAUCGAGUUCCUCAUCCCCUCUUUGCCACAUUCGAGCUGCGAAUUCAGACGGACGGAGACAUCACACCCAAGGAGGCAUUGUUGGCUAGCGCUAGUGACACUAUCCAAGAUCUCAACGUGCUCAAGACCAACUUCACCCGAGAGUUUGAGCUGCGUAAGAUGGUUGGUGGCGCCCAAAACGGUCAGUAGUAGGGCUGACUACCACCACCCGCACUCGACGACGGCACGAUCACCGUGACUCGUGGUCAGAUGAUGAUAGCUUGUACCAUAACGAAGUGUAUGCGAGGACGCAGUUGACGGCGUUUGGGUUGGAUUGGGAAUGGACAAACAGCGUGCCGGCAUCAUUGGCGUUUGCUUGAGGGCGAGCACGAUUCAUCACGUCAGCAAAUGGGCGCGUUUUGAUCAGUAGCCCUGGUACUCAUAGCCAUUAGCAGAUCAUUG